CAACAUAGGUGGCCGGGCCCCUGGGGGUCUCAUUCUCUGCUCGAGCAGUGUUCUCACGACCGCCGCCAGCGAGGGGAGUCUCCUCUGGCGUUCAUCCGCGUUGCCCUCACUUGUACACCUCUCUCAGAGUGACAUAAAGAUAUUUCCCUUCAUCGUCGCGUACAGCAACCAGCAUUGCACCCUUCGGGGUAGUCAGUCGCACGAGUGUGUUGCUAAAGCCAAAGAACAGAAUUUCAAACAGCUGACAUUUAUUUAUUUGAUUUGGGAAAUGAAGACGUUAUAUACGAAGUCAGUUUGCGUGCGUUGAAAUAGUUGUUGAUGACGAUGAUGUGUGUGAUCUCUUGAUUGCAUAGAAAUUCCACCUUCUUUUAGCAAUAAAAAGGAUACUUUUCUUGAACGUUGUUGAACUAUAUAUUUAGAUUGUGUCAAAUAUUGUAAUAUGGGUUUUGCUGUGUCUUUGAUGUGGGAGUGAUGGUGCGUGCCCCAUGUGAAGGCGUGGUCUCGACUUCCCCUGCCAUGGCUGGGGGAUUUCCACGUAGUUGUUCUUGGUCAGUCACGCCCGCCACGCCUCCCGUGGCCGCGGGUCAUGCCCCGGAGGCCCUCUUCCCCCAGAACGACGGCAGCCUCCAUCGUGGCAGGGACAGAAAUGACCAUUUGAGGAAGCGGGCGAGCAUCACCGCCCUCGUGGGCGGAAACAGCAGCGGAGGCCGAAGCCCAACGCGGCCCGAUUCUCGAGCUCCCAGAGCUGAUCGUAGUCCCCGAAGGUCCUUAGGGGCUGUUUGGAGGGUUUCGUCGUCAAGCCCCGCGAGGCAGUUGGGGGCUUGGUUGGGCAGGCGACCGAGGUCCUUCGCAGGUCCAGAAGACAACAAUUCUUCGUACAGCCGCAACUUAGCCCCUCCCACGUCGCCAGUGCCAUCCCUGUGUUCCUCCUCGCCGGAGCCCCCCUCACCCCUCGACCCUUUAGGGCUCCGCAACCUAUACGGGAGUGGGAGCGCAACUGCGCCAUGCCUCAGCAGCAGCCCCUCCGCCGGAUCUUUAACGGCAUGGAACAAAAACCAAGUUGCCAGUGCUCCCAGAAGGCCAACCCGGCUCGUCAUCAGCGGGCGUGCUCGCCCCCGCCGUCUGCAUCACACGCCUUGUGUUACCAGGCUGUGCAAUGUGACGGUGACCCGACUGGUGGUGACCCAGCCCUUGGGUGGUGACCUGAAUUCGGUGACCUUAGCAGUGAAGAUGCAGUCGUCGAAGAGGACUCUCCGCUCUAAUGAGAUCCCGUUGCCUCCCUCCAGGACCCUCGAUAUUGAACUCCAACUCACCUUCUCGCUUCAGUACCCCCACUUUCUGAAGCGAGAAGGUAAUACACUACAAAUAAUGCUUCAACGCAGGAAAAAGUACAAGAAUCGCACUAUCCUCGGCUUCAAGACACUUGCUGUAGGAGUCAUCAAUAUGUCUCAGGUAUUACAGCGUCCUGUGGACCGUGAGUUAGAGCUCUACAGUGAAGGAAAAGAAAAGGGGACAUCCUUAGCAAUGGUCACUAUGGUAUCCCUUUCAUCACAGCCUGUUGACACUGAUGAACCCUCAGAGAGAGCUAAGUCCUUCAUGGCUGAUAAUCCUGCUUUGGCGCCUUUGCUGGUGCUGCUGUCUCGGGGAAUAUCCCCUGGACUACCUCAGGGGGCAUCUCCUCCACCUACUCUUCCUUCGGGUAAUCCUCUCUUAUGCUUCCCAUCUGUUGGAAGGAUACCAGGGCUUCUUCCAGAUCGACCUGUGGAUUUGGGUGAAGUCUAUAGUGAUGAAGAUGAGGACUACAGUUCACAAGAUGAGGGCAGUGACUCUGAACCAAUCUUAGAUGAUGGUUCUAGAAGAGCUCAUCAUCAUCUUCGGUCAAAUGUUCGCUCAAAAAGUUUACCUCCAAAUGCCCGGCAACGAAACCUGAAGCAAAGGUUCAUUGCAUUGCUCAAGAGAUUCAAAGUUCCUGAGGCCCUGCAAGCAUUUGACCAGGACCAAGAAUUGGAUCCCCGAACUGGUGGAGAGGUAGAUGAAGCCGAGAUUGAGGACUUGUUUGAUGAGCUCGAGGAUCUUAGUGACUCUGGCCCUGAAGUCGACACUAUCUCCAUUACAUCCACCCCAAAACCUUCUUUGCGGCCCUACUUUUCAUCUUCACGAUCUCUACUUAAUGAAGGUCUUACUGAUUUAGGGAGUACAUACCUGCGAUUGAAGGUGCCAGGUGCGUUACGUCCUCGUGGUGUUAAAGUAGAUAAAGUAGGAGCAGACAGAUUAAGUGAUGAAAGCAGUAAAAGAGCUGACAGUGAUCAUAUGGAAAACUGGACAGAUCAAGAACACUCAGACCCUCAGUGCCUCGCUUCAUCCCCACCCAGAGAAGAUAAAAAUAAAAGCAACAAGACCAAAUUAUUUAAUAGGGAACGAACUAAUAUGUCCUUGAAAGAGAGAAGAAGUAUAUCAUCUACUGGUGGUUCCACACCUAGACAAGAAAAAAUGGUUGUCGAACGUUCAAACUCCAGUGCUAAUGCUGAUGCUAGUCCAAGAAAGGUAUUAUUAGAACAAUUAGCAAGAGUCCUUCCAGUAGAAGAUAUUAACCUUCCUGAUCAUGUUGUGCUAGUUAAUACUGGGGAGUCUCAUGGUGCUCUGCUGGCAGCGCACUUGACCGAACAUGGACAUAGGGUCAUUACUACUAUGGCUCCAGCAGAUGUCAAAGCUACCAUAUCACAUCUUGUCAACAAAAUUCAAAAAUUUUGCAACAGUAAUGCAAAAGCACCUGGUCCCAUGAAGGUGGUGGUGGUUGGGUCUGAUACUUACAUCAGCUGUGUCUUACGACCAUAUGUUGACCAGUUUUCUUCCAAGCCACCUGACUUCCAAAAUCAUGUUAGAUUUCUUAUCAUUCCUCUUGGUGUUAAUAGUCUAGCUAAGUACUUAGGUUCUGUAGAUUCUGUGUAUGGUGCAGCUUUUGUUAGUGAUACCUGGAGAGAAGUUGUAGAACGCUGGGAAAACCAGAUGUACAAGAAGUUGUUAAUCGGAUACAUAGGUAUCUUACUCAAGCACAGCACACAUUGCAUUUACCCAUUGCCGAAGCCAUGCUUACAUAUAAGGAAAAAAAGUGGAGACGAUGAGUCAACACAAGCUUUUGUGCCAUUUAUCAUGGAUGUCCGGUUAGGAAGUGGAGAUGUUACUUCAACAUCUGUGGACAUGGAGGAACCCCUACCGACACCCACUGCAGUAAUACUCCCUGGAUCCCCUCCUGGGGCAUCCACACCAACCACUGGAUUAAGUAUAGAAAAAUCUCGAGAUAAUACUACUCCACCUUCUUCACCAAACAUCAAUAGCUCACAUUUAACAAAUUACAAGAUGCUAGGAGAAAUUGGAGGCCAGGAACCCUUGGACCUUCAGGUUGAUUAUUGGUUAGUCCGAGGCUCAAGUCGGGAAGAAAAAGAAAAGGACAAAGAAAAAGACAAGGCACGAAUAGAAGGGGGCAAAUAUACCCUUAAAACUAGUUUUCGUACUUUACAAGUGGCUCGUUUAGCUCCUCUUGGAAUUACGCAUCCAGCCGAUCCCACUACUUGUCACCAUUUGACUUUGUCUUAUGCUACUAAGGAAAAGAAGCAAAGGAUAAUGAGGCUUGGCAAGAAGAAGGAAAAAGAGAGAGAAUUGGAGAUCAGAAGAGAGGUUGUAGAUGGUGUCAUUAGAUUACUGGCCAGUGCUAAAAACCAGCCAUUUAAAGUAAAUGUAGAUUCAGCUGAAUGGACAAAUGUGAAGUUCUUCCAGUUGUCCUCUCAAUGGCAGACGCAGAUCAAAACUUUCCCUAUCUCCCUCUUCAGUCUUCAGGACUCUAACUUGUGACUUACUACUUAUCAGGAAACUGUAAGUUAGUCUACCAGCUCCAGAACACAAUUUCUUCAAAUCUGAGUGACAUCAACACAUCUUCCUCUUAUCAAAAGCAAUAAGAUUUGCUGAACAAUCACGUGUUUUCCAUUUACGCAUCCUCUUUUCCUCAAAGAAAUCCAUCGAAAAACUGAAGUAGCUUUGGAACAAAGUACUACAUGGAACUUGAUACAAAAUGUUGUUUAAUCAAGUACCCUGGUUAUAUUGUUUAAAGUAUCUUCUGCAAAGCCUUAAUGCAGUUAAAGUGAUAUCUUUAGAUAAAAAUGAUCUCAUUCAAAACUAUGUGUUGCACAAUUAGAAAAAUUUGUAAUUGCUAGAUUUUUUAAUCAGUGAGCUUUUUAAGUACAUUUCACAUCAUCACGGUCUGUGUACUCACCAUUCAAGAAACAAAUCUCUUGGCAAGUGUAAAUAUUCAGGAUUAAAGGACAUGGCACUUUCUUAAUAAUUUGUUUUAUCUGUAGAAGUCCAUGACAUAAGCAGUUGUUAUCAGCAAAAUUGGUGAGACAUUGUUCUAUAGGUUUUGAACAAGAUAUUGCAAAAAUAGCCAAACAGUAAUGGCAAUAUUUGAGUAUCGACACAACAAACAAGUAAGGGAUUUUGAUGUAUUUUAAUAUCCACAAUCCGUCUUGCUAGAAGCAUACAAGGGGAACUUUUAUGAUCCAAGCAGCCACUAAGGAUGCCAUCAGGUUUGUGGCAUUGCCACCAUUAACUUGCUUCCUAAAUGUUGUGAAUGUUUUCAUUUAGUAAGAGCUAUUUGCAUAACUGCGUUUUCUUUUAUACUGAGAGUCAUCUUGUGUUGAAAACAUGUUUUUUUUCUUAUAAUACAGUGUUAUUGUGAUGCUAGUGUAUUUUUGUAUGUCCUAGAUUGGUAUGAAUUUGGACCUGAAGGGAAAUCCUUUUUUUUAAGUGAAAAGCACAAAUGUGAAAUGGUGUAGAAGUACAGUAUGUUUUAAAUGUCUGUAAAGUGAUAAGAUACCAUAUUGAACUUUUGUUAAUUCCUGCUUAUGUUCAAAAUUUUAGUAAGGCAUACAGUGUUUAGUGUUUUUGGAAAUUACAGCAAUUGAUAUACCAAUAUGCAAGUAGUGUUUUCAUACUUGACUAAUUUCAUAUUAGUAUAUUGACAUGCACUUUCUCAAUCAAGCUCAAUAUUAGUUUACUUAAGUAAAAAUGCAGUAAUUGUAGUGUCUCAACGUCUUGUCAUAAUAGAUAUUACUUUAUGUAAAGUAACUUAUGGUACAAGUGUAAUUUGUUUUGAAAAUGGGCUCCAAGUAUAAAGUUUCAAAACUUGUCUGACAUUAUCCGAGUCAUAUUUUGAAAAAUGUAGACCACUCUAUUUUCAACUUUGGUUGCUCUACUUCAGUGUGAGAAAUAAUGAGAUUGAAUGGGUUCAGAAAAUGGAAAUGCCUAUUGCUUGAUUAGAUAUAACAAUUGCAACAUUGUUUCAGUCUUAAGGAAAUUUUGGUUAAAUUUCAUGUUUUAGUACAGGAAUGAUACUGAUUACUUUAUUUACACUGCAAAUUGUAUAAUUUCAAUGGUUUUUACAAAAUUAUGAAAUUGAAAAUUUAGAAAAUUAAAUUACAAAAGGCAAAAUAUAUUGUUAGAUUAUUGACUAUUUUAUUCAGAUAUUUUUUACUAGUACUGUAGAAGUUGUUUGGGAGAUUCUUGUACUGGUAAAACUUGAAUGAGUCCUGUUUGUUUAAUUGUUGUAUACAGAUGAAUUUUAGAACUAGAAAAUGCAUUAAGCAAUCCAGAAGAAAAGAAUUAAUUUAAUUCCUUUUGACAAAUGCUUGUUUUGUGAAUCAUGUCUUCUUUGCUUUGAUGCCAAGAAUUUUUAUUUUAUUCUUGUCAUCUGUCAUCCCCCUGGUGUCUGGAGUCUGCUGUUGGAUAAGUAUUAGUGGCCUUGUGGGGCCAAAAACCACUAGUCUCAUACUUGUCAGGGUAGGGAGCAUCCAGGGAGAAACACUUCAUCAGGGUCCCCAAUAUAUAAUACAGGUUUACAUAUACAACUAACACUCAUUGGUUUUAUUUUUGAUGAUGCUUCAAUGAUUAAAGAAAUACCAAAAUAGUCGGCAAAUGUUUUUGGAAACUGUACCUUAAACUCAAGUCCAAUAGUGUGGCUGUGAAGUUUACUAUGGUGUGAUUGGAAUUUUAUAUUCCAAUUGCAAACCUAACUAAAAUUUACAUUAGGAUUGAAAAAAAAAACAAGUAAUGCAGAACAUUAUAGACAUGAUAUUAAAUCAGUGUCAUAUACAUAAUUGUAUACAUCCACUCCUCUUCUGUUUAUUGAACAGCAUUAUAAUGUCUGUAAUAUAGUGUUUUUGCUGUUUUAUGCCACCAGCUUUUGAAUUGUGGUAUAAUGGAUGCCCCCACUCCCAAGUAAUUGAAUGUGAUGUAAACAUUGUGUUUUUUGCAUUUGUAGAUAGUAGGUGAUUUAGAGUUUAAGGUUAGCAUGAUGUGAAUGUGCUGGUGAUUUUUAUAAAUCCUAUUUAAAGUUAAAUGUGGCCAGUAAAUGAAGGUAUAUUGGCCAAUUAUAAAGCAUAGCUUAUACAUGUUGAAGUGCUUAUAUCAUGAAUCUUGCAUAGUACACAACUGCCAGUGUUAUUUUCUGUAAGAUUCUAUAGCUAAAGGAACAGGUUAGUACAUUUUGAUUUCCAUUUUUUAUAAUAAAGGUGCUGUAAUUUCAUCACAUCAGUAAGCAUUAUUUUCAUCCUGCCAGUAUUUGGCAUUAAUUAGUUCUGGAUGUCUAAAAUAGCUGUGGUUUUGCUGUGUAAUUAAGUUAAGCUUUUUUUACUGAUGAUUUCUUUAAAAAAUUUAGUUGAAAUUAUAAAUUUUCAGAAAAAUCUCUAAAUUUAUAACAUAUACAACUGAUGAAAUGUGCUAGUAUUAUGUACAGUCGAUACUGAAACAGAAAACGUUUAAUGAAGGAAAUAGAAUUUUUUAUUUUUUUGUUACUUGGGUCUUUCUGGAGGAUAUAUCUUGUUUUGUUAGAUUGCUGUAGUUUCAAGCUUUUGUUAUAAUUCAAUCAAGUCAAUAAUUAUCAUACUAAUUCAGGAUGGAAGGGAUCUUGUAGAAAGUAGCACUAGCUUUACUUAUAAAGUUAUUACAAGCCUUAUCAUAUAAGCAAGUCAGACAUAGUAAGCAGCUUGUGAAGUUAAUUUUUAAUUAUGAAUGAAACACUUUCACUGUUACGUGGAAGAUAAGGACCACAAGUUACAAAGAAAAUAUUAUAAUUUGCAUAAAUUUCCACUUUUGUAUCCUUAUCAUUGGGAGGAAGUUUUAUAAAAUAUAGUAUCAGGAAAUGUGGAGUGUAUAUGGCUGAUGUGGAUGUGAGUGAGGGACAGUUCUGACAGUUGGAUGUGCUCUCAGUGAGGCUUCAGUACUUGAAGUUAAGCUGAGUAAUUGGGAUGUAUACUUAUUCUCAGAACUAUGGAGUUUUUCUGAGCAACAUGGUUUUGCCAGAGUUUUUGACAAUGGAGCGAGGUACAGUAUCUUAUACAGUAGCUUCAAUCAAAGAUGUUUGUAAUUAAGCUUAGCUUCAAAAGCUUCUUGUUAUUUGGCCAAGGUUGCAUUCAUGAGGUAUCAUGGCAUUAUUGAUAUAAUGAUUGGCAUUGGGUUUUUAAAAAAUAUAUCAGACUUUGUUACUGCACUUUUGAAGUAUUUAAUAGCAAAGAUAUUUUUCAAAUUGUUAGAGCGUCUCAAAGUCUAAAGGCAAGGCACGUAUUGUGCUCUCUCUACCUUCUUUUGAAUGUAACCAGCACUAACAGGAGCACUUCUUGUUCUUCCACUUGCAUUGGAACAAAAAUUAGCACACACAAAUUUUCAUUAUUUGUAAAGAGUUUGUAAAAUAAUUUUUAUGGAUUUUUUGUGAAAAUAUUUUCAGUCUAUAGUGUGUUAUGAAGACACCUUUUGGAUGGACAAAAUCAAUUUAAGGUGAGGAAUGUGAUGUAAAAAUGCAUUCAAACUUAAAAUUGGUAUUAAUUUUAUGAAAUAUACCCAUCAAAGAAAUCCUGGUAAGUAACGGGUUUUUUGUUAUGUCAAAAUGAACAUCAAGAAUCUCUUUAAGCAUUGUUUGGCAUUGUUUGUGGAAAUAUUUGUACUGUUUACCACAAUUUUGUUUUUAAUAUGGAAAACAUUUAAGUCGUUCCUUCAGCAUCUGUAAGACUUAUGACAUCUAACAACAGAUAAACAUGUUACCAUACUAAUUACAGUAGUAAAUACAGGUUAAUUUUGGAGGAGGAUAACCAUCUUAGGUUUCUUUAUUUUCUCUGUGAAAGGGCUUGGCUAUAGUAAUGAAAGGCUGUGAUAUUUAUCUCUUGUAUACAAUUUUCAGUUUAUUUCAUAAGGUUUAACCUUGGGAAUUGUAUUUGACUGUAGUUGUUAAUACUGUAAUGCAUUAUAAUUAUCUUAUAUACUAAUUACAUAGUUCUUUUAUCCUGAACAUCUUUUUGUUAUAAAUGUCAUUUCAUUAUUUUGAAUAUCUCUCUUUUGAGGCAUCUCAUACUUCUUCCUCCUCUUUCAUUUUACAACCAUUACCCAUGCUGGUUCCAUGCACAGAUGUUUUAAUGGAAUUUUUGAUACAAAGUGGUUUGGUAACAUGUAUUUUCUAAAAGUAAAAAAGAAAUCUGAAGUGCAUAAUGCACAUUGAAAGAUUAAACUUAUAUUCUUGAUAUUCAACAUCAUUUAACAUCUAGCAGAAAUUCAACACAAAACAAAUGACUGGUAUAAAGUUUUUGUAAGUGAAGUAACAAAAGACGAUCAAGUUUACAUCAUUGGAACAUAUGCUCAGAGGAAUUUGGUUCAUACUUAUCUAGGUGUUUAUAGAAGGCUAAUUUUACUCUGGACUUUUCCAAAGGUUAAGUGGUAAAUAGGUAAGUAUACCCCUGGGAUGAAUUUUAAUGUAUCUCUUCUUUGUUAUGCCAAGGGUCUGCUGGGAGGUGCUUAAUUUUUCAUAGUAAAUUUGAAGUUGUUUAUUUGUCAAAACUUUUGAAUUUUUAAUUUUGUGUUGGGUCUACUUAACCAUAUUGCUUCAUGUACAGUAUUUGCUACAGUUGAAUAUCAAACUGAUUUAUAGAAUUAGUUGUUUUGUAGUUGGAUUUUGUUGUACUACUACAAUCACUUAUAAAGGUUAAUGGAAUACAAAUGUAACUAUUGGUGCAAAAAAAAGUUUUCACAGUUUUUCUAAGGCAAUUUGUGUUCCAUUUCUUCAAUAGAACUGUAGCCUUUUUAUUUCUCUUGGGGCCUGUUUAAUCCUCUCCAGGUACCUGUGUUCCAGUUACCUGUUUACAUGGAACUUUACUUUGCCUUGGUAAAAUAUUAGUCAAAAUUACUGAUAUUAUCAAAGCUGUUUAUAUUUUUAUUUUUUGAGUUAUUCUGAUUUUUAUAGCCUUUACAACUUGUGGAUGGAAGGUUAUUGUCAAAGGAUAGUUUUUAAAGAUUUGUGCCGAGUUAGUUUUUUAUGAAGGAAAAUUGAAUCUCAUUGUUUACUAGAUUGGGAGUGAUUUAUUUAAGCCGCAUAAUUUUGAUUUGCUUAUGGUAACAUAUCCAGCAUUAUGGAUUUUCUGAUUUUUUUAUUCUGGUCCUGGGGAGUUAUAUUGUAUUUUAAUUUUAAUUUUGUCACAAGCAGUUGUACUCUUAAGAAGGUUACCAAAUAAGUUUGGGUACAAUUAAUUAAUUAUUGAAAAUUUAAGUGUAUGUGGAAGCAUGCUUUUCUGAAUAUCUACGAUAUGAAGUGGCACAGCAGCUUCUGUCCCUUGAUUGUAACUAAGCACUUUACGUUCCUCAUAAAUUUGAGUCUUUUCCUGAGGAUGCCUUUAUAACUGUGUGAUGAUUAUUUUGUGUAUCAGAUACAUACUGUAUAUGAGAAAUUUUGUAUGAUUUUUUUUUAUGAAUGAAAUUUAGGUUAGUACAUAACCAUGAAAGACAGAUACUCAUGCUUUUAAAUAUGUAAUACAUUUUGUACACAAUUUGCAUAGGUUAAGUGUCACGCUACAAAUAGAAUGUCAGCUACCCAAUGCCCUUGUACUGUCUCUUAUUCUGUCAGUAGUGGAUGAUAAAAGUUUGUAACUAUUUACACAAUACGUACCAUACAUAUCAAACCAUUCUCUGGUUUUCUGAAGCAAAACUCUGGGGACUUGCUAAUCUCUUGUACCUCUGCUGAUGCAAAAAAAUUUUGCUUUGUCCUAUGUUCAGCCUCUUUUCAUAGCUUCUUGUUAUAUUGCAAAGUAUACCCAUUGUUAAUUACUUCAUCCCAUAUGUAUAUAAUAGGUGGCAUAGUAAGCUUCAUUCAUUUUCAUAUGUUCCUUGUUGUCUGUGUAGUCAGACAUCCUAUUACAGUAUAGUCUUAUCAUCUGCUGUAUUCAAGAUUUUAUAUUCCUAUUUUUAUUGUAUGUAUUUCAUGUGUUAAUUUUUAAGGCACAAUUUAAUCACUGCAUCAGCAUUUUCCUUUUUGAAUUUGUACAAUCUUUCAAAUCAUUUAAAACUUGAGAAUUCUCUCCCCCAUAUGAUCACCAAACCAUCCUCUCUUAAGGAAGGCAGUGUAAGCUGUAGUGACUACGUCACUCUGAAUACAUGUUGGAAUACGU